UUUUUGAAGAAACGGUCCGAGUUUUUAAGUCCAAACUGAUUGAACAUUAAUCCAAAAUGGCGCCCAUGUUUGGUCAUCCGAACUUCAUCUGGUCGGAGGAGAAUUUGAGAACAGAUUCUGAAGAGUUUAUUGAAGCUGAACACGAAGUUGAUAGUGCAGAGUUUCAAGACAUGGCGUUCGGGUAUAUGAUAAUACUGGUGGGGAUGCUGCUAUUGUGGCUGCUCGUGUACUUCUGUAUGAGGAUGAUUUCGUUAAGGCAGAAAACGCGCACGCCACCGCAGAGGAGGAUGUACGUGGGCUCCCGAGUCCGACAGUCGCUGUCUCAAACCGAGCCCACUAUCUACGUCAGCCCCAACAAUUUGCCGCCCCCACCCAAAUAUGAAUGCCUAGCGCCACCCAGCUACGAGGAAGUAGUGGGCAUCCACUACCCUCAGUACCAGAACCAGCCCAUCACCCAGCCCAUAACUGCUGCCAUGGCGCAAAACACCCCGCUGUCGCAGAACGCCACCGACGCGCCGCCCGCGCCGACGAUCAUCACCGUCACGUCAGAGCGGACGUCAGUGCAGGUCGCUGCGUCGUCGUGAUUUCGUUAACCCGUUAUUUUAGUAAUAACGUUAUUUACCUAUAACGAUUUUAGUAAUCGCGUUGUUGAUGGUAUAAAAGAGUUAACGUUGUUAUUAUUUUAUAAACUAACGUUGCGUUCGGAAUACUUUAAUUUCAUUUCU